GGAUUGGGUCCCUGAAGUAAUUCUGCGCUGGGUGGUGGUCGAGAGGGUUUGCUGAGUGAGCUGGUUAAGACUACUUAGAAAAACACCAUCACUCUCCCUUCCUCAUGGACGUUUUCCUCAUCGCUUCUGAGCCUGGAGCCCCAAGUAGAGCCAGAAUAGUUCGUACCCGUACUUUUCACGUAACUCGGCCGAGGUUGUCUUUCCCUGAGCUUUUCGGCGGGCCCAGAUGUGCAGAUUUUGGGGCAACGUGGGAGAGGAGUUAAUUUUCUUGGCACUCUUCUGCCUUGUACACUGAACCACAGCCUGAAAAUGAGUGUUCUGUCAGCGGCGUUCCCUGAGUAGCUGGAGGCCCUACUGCUCACGACCCUGCAGAAGUCGAAACCCCUGCCUCUCAACGUUUUGGGCCAGUGAAAGCAAGUUCCUUGUGCUCUUAGGAUCAUCCUAAAAUUGAGAUAAAAUGGAGAAAGAGAGAGAGAAACGUCACCAGAAAUAAGUUUUUAAUUUUUAGAAAAAUUAGCUCAUUUGUUUAUCUUCGGCGGCUGGCCGGUAAGGGGAUUCGAACCCUUGACCUUGGUGUUAUUUGCACCACGCUCUCCCAAAUUUUAUCCUGAUGGGUGACUCAAACCCACUCCUCUCCCUUGAUGGAGACCCCGUGGCUGUGGAAGCCUUGCUCCGGAACGUGUUUGAGAUUGUUGUGGAUGAGGCCAUUCGGAAAGGGAGCAGUGCCUCUGAGAAGGUCUGCCAGUGGAAGGAGCCGGAGGAGCUGAAGCAGCUGCUAGACUUGGAGCUGCGGAGCCAGGGGGAGUCGCAAGAGCAGAUCCUGGAGCGGUGUCGGGCUGUGAUUCACUACAGCGUCAAGACUGGUCACCCUCGGUUCUUCAACCAGCUCUUCUCUGGGUUGGACCCCCAUGCUCUGGCUGGGCGCAUCAUCACGGAGAGCCUCAACACCAGCCAGUACACAUAUGAAAUCGCCCCUGUGUUUACACUCAUGGAAGAGGAGGUGCUGAAGAAACUCCGGGUCCUGGUGGGCUGGAGCUCUGGGGAUGGGGUCUUCUGCCCUGGUGGUUCCAUCUCCAACAUGUAUGCUGUGAACCUGGCCCGCUAUCAGCGCUACCCAGAUUGCAAGGAGAGGGGCCUCCGGGCACUGCCGCCCCUGGCUCUCUUCACAUCUAAGGAGUGUCAUUACUCCAUCAAGAAGGGAGCUGCUUUUCUGGGACUUGGCACUGAUAGUGUCCGAGUGGUCAAGGCUGAUGAGAGAGGGAAAAUGAUCCCUGAGGAUCUAGAGAGGCAGAUUAGUCUGGCCAAGGCUGAGGGUGCUGUGCCAUUCCUGGUCAGUGCCACCUCUGGCACCACCGUGCUGGGGGCCUUUGACCCCCUGGAGGCAAUUGCUGAUGUGUGCCAGCGUCAUAGGCUGUGGCUACACGUGGAUGCUGCCUGGGGUGGGAGUGUCCUGCUGUCACAGACACACAGGCAUCUCCUGGAUGGGAUCCAGAGGGCUGACUCCGUGGCCUGGAAUCCCCACAAGCUUCUCACAGUGGGCCUGCAGUGCUCUGCUCUUCUUCUCCGGGACACGUCGAACCUGCUCAAGCGCUGCCAUGGAUCCCAGGCCAGCUACCUUUUCCAGCAGGACAAGUUCUACGACGUGGCUCUGGACAUGGGAGACAAGGUGGUACAAUGUGGCCGUCAUGUGGACUGUCUGAAGCUGUGGCUCAUGUGGAAGGCACAGGGCGGGCAAGGGCUGGAGCGCCGUGUCAACCGGGCCUUUGCCCUUGCCCGGUACCUGGUGGAGGAAAUGAAGAAGCGGGAGGGGUUUGAGUUGGUCAUGGAGCCUGAGUUUGUCAACGUGUGUUUCUGGUUUGUGCCCCCCAGCCUGCGGGGGAAGCAGGAGAGUCCAGAUUACAGCAAAAGGCUGUCUAAGGUGGCUCCCAUGCUCAAGGAGCGCAUGGUGAAGGAGGGCUCCAUGAUGAUUAGCUACCAGCCCCAUGGGCCCUGGGCCAACUUCUUCCGUAUGGUGGUGGCCAAUCCAGCGCUGACCUGUGUGGAUAUUGACUUCCUUCUCAAUGAGCUGGAGCGGCUAGGCCAGGACCUGUGAGCCUUCUCCUUCUCAUAGCGGCCUUGACAAGGCCCCUCACCGUCUCUGUGCUCCUCCCUGUGCUCUCAAGAAUAACCUUUUUAGGACACAAAGUGGUCUUAAUGAUGUUGAUAUGCUUUGACCCACUAACUCUUCUAACUUAAUGUUUGAUAUUAGGAGAAUAUUUAAGUAGACUGUAGUGUGAUGGAAUAUUAUUCUGCCAUUAAAAUUAUGUUUACAAAGAAAAUUUUUAUUGAUAGAAAAAAUGACUUUAAUAUAAUGUUAUGUUGAAAAGCUGGAUAUAAGACUUUAUAUAUAGUAAUAUCUGAGCUAUAUUAUAAAAUACAUAGGAAAAGACUGAUGACGUGAAAUAUGCCAAAAUGUUAAUAGUUUUCCCUGGGACAGGACAAUAGGCAGUUUUGAAAUCUACUCUUUUAUACCUUUUGUUCUCUCAACCUGUUAUUAUUGUAAUGAAUAUGCAUUACUUUU